CGAUAUAGCCAGGCCAGCAACGCCCUUCGCCGCAGUCACUGUAGGACGCCCUCUUGGAUAGCACCGUCGUCUCCGCCGUCGCCACCUUCGCCUGGCCGUUUCAACACUUCGAAGAACAUGAAUCCUUACGGGCCUUUGCUGAGUCCUCUGGCGCCUCAGCAAACCAUCCAGAACCCGCUCCUGCUGCCGAGCUUCCUGGUGUCCAUCAGGCCGACUCGAACUGGAAAUUCUCCUGUAAUGCUCACGGAAAACCUGCGCGCGUCGGUGGAAGCCAACCGAGAGGCCAUUAGCGAGCUGAAAAGCAUCGUCACGAAGCUGUUGGACUGCCAUUCAGGUGACUUUAAAAGAUCAAAAGGUUGCAAUCUCGGAAACGACCAUGACGAUGACCUGUACGCAUUUCGGGCUCCUCCUGUAGAAAUUGUUGCUCCUCCACCUGGACCUCCCGGAUCAAUGCAUCUCGCCGCCGCCCCUGGAGAAUUCCCAUGGUUAGUAAGCCUGCAGGUCACAAACUUUGAAAAAGUUUUCGUGCAUCUCUGUGGCGGGACCCUCAUUGCUCCAGCCUGGGUGCUUACCGCUGCACAUUGUCUAGACAGCGAGAGAGUUCAGGAACUUGUGGUGGUGUUGGGAGAGCACGAUAUGGACAAGGAAGAAGGCACCGAGCAGAAGGUCACUGUUAAGGACGUCAUUAAACAUCCAAAUUACACCCAUUGGAACCGACCUAUGGACAAUGACAUCGCCCUGAUACACCUGUCGGAGGCGGUGAAGCUGCGGGAGGGCGUGUCCGUCGCUGAGCUCCCUUCCUCCAUCUUCGAAAUCUCGACCGGUCUCUGUCGCGAAGGAGGCUGGGGCGCUACCGACGAGGGCACCCCAGGCAGUAAUGUGGUCAAAAUCAGCGAAGUUCCCUUGCUGGAGAAGGAGCAGUGCAAGGGAGCCUACAACGCCAGCUUGGGGGAGAACGUGAUCUGUGCUGGGAAGAAGGGCAUCGGGGCAUGUGUGGGCGAUAACGGAGGACCCCUGAUGUGCCAUACUCCAGAGGGAGAGGUGAUAUCAGGAAUCAUGUCUUGGCGUGAGGGUUGUGCACUGCCCGGAAAGCCUGCAGUUUACAUGGACGUUUCCAAAUACAUCCCAUGGAUCAACAGCGUCAUGAGAGCAUAGUUUUAUUACAAGGACAGUAGAGUUAAGCAUAUUUUGUAGUCAUUUUUUUAAUGAUUAUUUUAGUUUUGGUAUUAUACAAACACCCUUAAUCCUUUUUUCAGUAAUUAUUUAUUGUUUUGGCUUCAUGAAAAUAGAAAUGCAGGAAAUUUUGUCAAUCAACUUUCAGAUUAAAGUACAGUACUGUAAAAUAAAUCCUCAAAAAUAGAUAUUACCCACUAAGCUCAUCACUGCCUCCCAGUAUAAAGUUGUUGAUGUUUGAAAUAAACUGAACGAAAUUAA